GAGACAGUCAGCUACCUACUGGACGUCAUUGUCGACAUGGACCUGUCAACUAUCGAAAAGACCGCCGAUGACCUCCACGGCGAACUGCAGUUCAUGUUGGACGCCAUGACGGCUCACAGAGAUUGGAUCGCUAGCAAUCGCGCCACUGGUCAAGAGAAUUCCCGACGUAUCGAAGGCAUCGAGAUUAUGGUUCAAACCGGCAUCUCCACGGCAUCACGCCUCAAGUCGGAAAUCAUCAAGCAGAGGAACCUUGUAGAGAAGCAGAUCAGCGAUCUGGCCAAGGACCAACAGUCCGUUGCCAAGCAGCAAGAGGCGCUGACGGCCAAGGAACAAGAUCUCAACGUCCGGGAACGCGCCGUCAAGGGCAACGAGAACAUGAAAGUUCUAAAGGACUCUUUGAAGGCCAGUGACAAGACCCUGACGAAAGCGAAGAAGCAGUACGAGAAGGAAAUCGCAGAACUAGCGCAAAAAAAUGCUUCUUUGGGUGGACAGGCCAAAGCGAGCGAGGAGGAGCUGGCGAACAAGAACCGCGAACUGGACACGAGGAUUUCCGAACUUGCAAAUGCCAAGAUGGAGUUGGCCGAAGUGAAACAGCAGCUUCUUUCUGGCAAAGAGCUGGUCCUGACGAAGGAGAAAGUCGAGACGGAGAAACAACACCUCAAGCGGGAGAAGCAGCAGUUCGAGAUGGAGAAGGAGCAUCUCCAAAGGGAGAAGCAGCAGUUCGAGACAAAGAAAGAGUGCCUGGGCAGAGAACUUGAACAGCUCAGACUCGAGAACGAGGAGAUCAAGGCUGCUCAAGAGGAUUUGGAGGACAGACAAAAGGCUCUUCAAGACCAGAGAAACGAGCUUGCUUCCAAGUUGCUCGAUGCUGAGCUUGAUGGACGACUGAGAGGUCGGAAGAGGCCUGCUCUGCUUUCUGGCUAG